AUGCCGCUCAUCACUCCCUCCCGCCUCGCCAUCAUCAUCGUCUCCUUUUCGCUCAUAACUUUCUUCUGGACUUUCGGCCUGCCGCACCAAACCCCCCAACCUUCGAUACCUGCCAUCGACCACUAUGACCAUAAGAAUGUGCAUACCGACCCGAUAAUACCGCCCCCCGUCAUCGAGACACCGCUCGCGACAACACCAAGCCCGGUAGCACAUGAAGACCGACCUGCUGAAACAGACGAUCACAGAUGGGAUGACAAGGGAGCACAAGGUGGCAAGGGACAAGCGAAACCGCCUGCGCCUACCAAGACGGGCAUUGUGGAUUACGAGAAGGAUGGCGGACGAUGGGAGGACAAGGAAAAGUCCAAGGGCGGUAACAAGUCCCAGCACAAGGCAGACGCAAGCGCAAUCACGGUCCCUACAACACUAGCCACCGAGGCUAUACCCGCUUCCAAGAGUGCGGAUGCGGCCAAUGCGAGUGUUGCGCCUGCGAAGCCUGCCGAAGCAAUUCCUACACAAGUCGUCGAGAAGUUCUGCAGCGAUGCCGACGGAGCCAAAGACGUCAUGGUUGUGCUCAAGACGUCCAAAGCUGAGAUUGAAAAGCUCAGCGGCCAUCUCAGCAACCUCCUGUCCUGCGUCCCUACCUUCGCCAUCUUCAGCGACCACGCCGGAGAGUUCCAAGGACACAAAGUAUACGAUGCGCUCGAUUCUAUCAGCCACGACGUCAAGUUCAAGAACAACGAGUUCCAGGAAUACCAGCUUAUGCAUGCUGACGCAGAGCACAAGCCGGACGCGAAGAAGACGGCAGACUUGGACAAGUGGAAGUUCUUGCCCAUGGUCUACAAGGCAUACCACAUGAACCCCAGCGCCAAGUUCUUCGUCUUCCUCGAAGCCGACACGAGCUUGAGCUGGACGAACGUACUGCAGUGGUUUAACAGGCUGGACUACCGGAUACCCUACUACAGCGGAGCUCCUUACUUUAUUGCCGGCACACAAGUAGCGCAACGCGGAGCAGGCAUCUUCUUGUCUCAGGGCGCUAUACGACGAUACGCCAAAUCCUACGACGAAAUUUACCAGACCAAAUGGGAAAAGGACACAGGCACAGAAUGCUGCGGUGACCUGAUGCUGGCGAAGGCCCUUGGAGACGCACACGUCGAGUUCUAUGCUUCUUGGCCUCUCCUCCAGAGCGAGCAGCCAAGUACACUGGACUACACCAGGAAGCACUGGUGUGCUCCUGCAGUCUCGUGGCAUCAUAUCGAUGGUAAUGCCCUUACCAGGAAAUGGAAUAUUGAGAAGAAAUGGACCACCGCCAAUGGCUGGAAGAAGCCAUAUCUGUACCGUGACGCUUACCACGACUCUGUCGAACCGCACAUCGAAACGCAGAAAGUAGGCUGGGACAACUUGAGCCAGGACACGAAGAUCGUUGCGCCAGAAGGACGGCAGAAACAGAUGAAAGAGGAUGCCGAGAAGAAGAAAAAUGAGGGCCAAGAGCACGAUCUAGGGGAACCAGAGGACAAACCCAAGGAAGAAGCUAAACCUCAAGGAGAGGAGAAGAAAGACCCCAAACCUCAAGCAGAGGAGAAGAAGGAGCCCGAGAAAAUCAAGGUCGACAGCACACCACCACCAGACUCCCGGAUCUAUCAAGAAGCCGGCCCCGGCUCCAAAUCUAAACGCGAAGAGAAGAAGGACGGCAAGAAGGGUGACAAGAAAGAAGACAAAGAUAAGAAACCAGAACCGCCUAACUGGGAUAAGCUCGCCGAGAAACACCCCGACGCGGCGGACAGCUCUGAGCGCUGCCAGAAUGUCUGCCAGCAAGUUGAGGACUGUUUACAAUGGCGGUACACGACCAAAGGAGAUGGAGAGUGUCAUCUCAGCAAGGUGGUUAGGUUGGGUGGGAAGGUUGGCGAUGACCAGUGGACGAGUGGGUGGUUAGUCGACAGGAUCCAGGGGCUUACCAAGGAGUGGGCGUGUAAGGAGGUCAAGUGGAGGUUUUAUCAGUGA